AUGAAUUUGAAUUUAUCAAGUUUAUCGAUUGAUGACAGCUAUGACAUGGAAAUAGAUUCUGUCAGCUCCUUGGAGUUUAUCAAUGGUAAGGAUGUGAAUAAUCAUGCUUAUCAACCAAAAGAGGUCGAUGAUGAAGAUGAUGACGACAUGGAUACACGGUCAUUGGAAACAUUAAAGUUAUCACCAAGAAAGUGUUCCACCCCAGAACAAGAAACUAGAAAGGAAAGUGAAUAUGAAGUCGACGAAGAACAUUCAUCCUUUGUUUCAGCAUUAUCUCAUACUUUAUUUUCACCCACUUCAGUAGGGGCAAAUUACGCUUUAAAGAUGUUACCUGCCCCACCAACACACGAAGAUUCUUUUAUGGAAAAGAGUCUUGUCAGACAUAUAAAUUCAUUUUCCAAUAGUGAUAUCAGUUUAUUUGAAGAUGAAUUUGUCUAUAAUCCUAGAACCAAGAAAUAUGAUGAAGUUAAUCGAGAAAUACUCAAUCAAUCAAAUGCAUCAGUAGAUACUAUAAAUUCCCGAGUUUUACCUAAUGAUAGUAUGAACAUGUUAAAUACCCCUGAAAAAACUGUCAUCCAUCACCACCAUUAUUAUUAUUCACCUAAUGUAACCAAUGUCGAUGGCAGUUUGGUUAGUUAUCAAACAGCGCAUGAGAUUUUACCCUUACCUUCACCUUGGGAGAAAUCAUUUCAAGCCGUACCAUCUAAGAACUAUUCAUAUUUAAUAUCUACAUACCUCCAGUUGUUUAUGAAUUUCAUCAUCAGUUUCUAUGGGAUUUAUCUUAUAUAUAAUAUCAUCAAGACCAUUAAGAAAGAUAUUGAAUCGAAAUUAGUGGCCCAAUCUACUAAUCUUUUAAUAGAAAUCGCUAAUUGCAGAAAGAAUUAUGUUGAAAACAAUUGUUCUCCUGAUCUUAUAGUUCCAGCAUUAGAGAAACCUUGUGAAUAUUGGUUGAAAUGUAUGAAUCAAGAUACUGAGAAUGUUGGUAAUAAAUCAUCUAUCAGUGCCGAAACUUUAGGUGUUAUAUUGAACUCGUUGAUUGAACCUUUAGGGUUCAAAUUCUUCCUCGUAUUUUUUUCCUUUAUUGGAUUCAUAUUUGGAUUAAAUUUCGGUUUUGGGUUCAUCAGAGCUAAGAGUUUCUACAAUUACCAGAGAAAAGACCAAUAA